CUGUAAUAGUAUAAGAAAAUAAAGGGAAAAUAAACUCUAAGAAAAAAGCAAACAGAUCAUCAGAAAGAAGCUUUUAUUAAAACAACAAAGGGAGAGAGGUUAUGUAAUAAAAGGGGGAAAGAAGAAGAAAAACUAAAAUUAAAAAUUUUAAUUUCAAGAAUAUCAAUCAAAGGGGGAAUAGGAUGACAAUGGAAUCAGUAACAGCAACAACACUAGUUCCAAUUGCAUCCCAAAUAGAGCCCAUCAAUGACGGCAUCAAUGACGUCGAGAUGACCAAAGCCCAACAAGUUCAGCAACAACAACAAAAGAAGAAUAGAAUUCAAGUUUCUAAUACCAAAAAGCCUUUGUUCUUCUAUGUUAACCUUGCCAAGAGGUACAUACAACAACACAAUGAGGUGGAGCUUUCUGCCCUUGGCAUGGGUGCAGGUUUUGACAUCCACGGUAGGCAUGAAAGACGAGAACAAAGGUCGUCUUGUUCAAAAAGCAAAGAGAAAUAUCCCCCAAAUCCCUACAAGUUGAGGCGAAGCGGGAGCAUUCAUUUGGGAACGACGAUGAAAGGGAACAAGAAGGAUUCGGAGAAGGUUAUAUGGGAUCAGCUGAGGAGCCCUUCUCAUGCCAAUUCCAUCUCCGUACCCGGUUCCCCAGCUUGGAUUCUCCCCAAGCUCAUGGUAUGGCUUCUCCUCUUCGUCACCGUCACCUACGUUUUCUACACAUUGAGGCUAGUCUCCACUUCCCAACCCCGCAAUGAUGACCUCCUCUCCCGCCACCGCUCAUCCCAGCCACAUCACCUCUCCCUCGUCGCCCUCAGCGGCAACGACUCCACCGACAACGGGGCGGCGACGACGAGAAUCGCUCUCCCGCGGCGGGAGAUCGAGGAGAGGCCCGAGAAGCAGCCGACGGAUUUGCAGCACGUGGUGUUCGGCAUCGCGGCGUCGGCCAAGCUCUGGGAGCAGAGGAAGGAAUACAUCAAGAUUUGAUUGAGAUUGUGUUGGGAAAAUCCGAGAAGUUUGAUAGUUUGAUGACUACUGCAAGCACAACACCACAGCCAGAGACAAAUGAUGAACAAGACAAGGAAUGAUGCUAUUAUUAGGAGGGGAAAAAAGAAAUAAUUAAAUGAAGCCAAAUAUUAAAAAUAAAAAAUCAAUAAAUAUGCUUCCUUUUGUUGUAAUUUUUUCCUAUAUACCCUCCAUAUUAUUCUCUCAAUUUCCCAAACCCAAUUUUUGUUAAUCUCAAAUAGUGAAUAGGAAAAGUUAGGUUACUGAAUCCAUUAAUGAAAAAAGGCGGGUAUUCAUGAGCAAACUUUAUCAACAAGAGAAAAGAAAACAUAAAAAAAUAAAAAUAAAAUCUUCUUUUAUGUCCAUCUUAAUAAAUAAAAAAACUUGGCAUAAAGGGGAUAAUUUAUAUGUUUGCAUUUUUUGGCUUCCCAUAUAAUUUCCCCAACCUAUGUUCUUACAUAGUUUAAAGGGAUUCAUACAUGGUUACAUUUCUACUGAUAUUUUUAUAUCAUAUAUCCUGUAACUAGUCGGGACAUUGUAAUUUUUGUUUUCUGCUAAUUGCAUUUUAUAAAAGUGAUA